UUUUGUAAAUAGGAUUUACUAAUAAAUUUUUUUUAUUAACUUAAAAAAAUAUUUAUUUAUUAGUAUUUAUACUUUUUUUUUUUUCAAAAUUGUAUAUAUUAUGACAAAUACCUUUAAUGGUGAAAGUUUAACUACAACAGAAAGUACUGAAAAAAAAUAUCAAUUAUUAUUGGAAAAUCAAAGAUUAUUAUUAGAAGAAAAUUUAAAAUUAAAAACAGAUCUUUACGAAAUGAAACAAAAAUACGAAUCAAAUACUAAAAAUAUAAAUAUUUCAUCAAGUCCUAGACAAAUAAAUUAUUCAUCAUCACCACCCAAUUCAAAUAAUUCAUCAUAUUCAUCGACAUCAUCAGCAACCAUUACAUUAGCUACAUCACCAUCAUCGACACCACCAUUAGUUUCAAAUAAUCAUCAUAGUAUCGCAAACAACCAAUCAUACAGCUCAUCAGAGGAUUUAAAGGGUCACAAAAAGGAAUCAUUAUCAUUAUCAAUUUCAUCAAGAGAAAAUAGUAAUGGAGGUAGAGAUCUUACCAAUGAUAACUCUAGAGAUGGCAAAAAGAAAUCAGGCAGAUUAAAGUUAUUUAAAUUUUUAGAUCCAAAGCAAAAGCAAAAUAAAAAAGAGAUUAACCAUCAAGAAUUAUUAUUACCCGGUAGUAGUAAUGAAGCCGAUUUUAUUUAUAAAGAGACUAAACUCAGUACACCAUAUUUAAAUUUACCAAAACUAGAGGUACUUCCACUCAAAGGUGAUAGAAAUAAACUUGUUCAAUUCUCUGGUCCAGAUUACGUAAAUACUAUUGAGACCCCAGUUACAAAUAUUGGUACACCAAUGGUCUCAUACCCAGCAUCAUAUGGUGAAAGAGUUUAUUGUAUUUCAACAUCAACAUAUCCAUUUUUACCAGGUACCACUCAACGUGCUGGUGAUCCAAUUGCUGAUCGUUAUACAUGCGCUGUAUAUAAUAACCGUUUAAUUGCAUGUCUUGCCGAUGGUUGUAAUUGGGGUGAAAAGCCAAAAGAGGCUGCUCAAAACGCCAGUACUGCAUUCAUUGAGUAUGUUACAAGUCAAAAUGACUCCAUGACCAAUGUUAAGGAAGUUGGUAAAAUUCUCUAUCAAGGUUUCGAAUGUGCCCAUAAAUCAAUUAUGGUUGGUAAGGAUGAAUUUUGGGAGGCUGGUACUACAACAUUGUUGGGGGGUGUUUUACUUGAAAUCAAUAAGGGAAAUGAUAAAUGGUCACCACAAUGGGAGUUUGUUUGUGCAUCUGUAGGUGAUUGCAAGGCAUUUCUAAUUUCUCAAGGUGAAGUAACAGAUAUUACCGAGGGUAAUAGAAGUAAUUUAGAUGCUAAGGAUUGUGGUGGUCGUUUAGGACCUCAUUUGGAACAAGGCAAACCAGAUUUAAGAAAUUUAAAUAUAUUUUGUGCUUCUAUAUACGACGACGAUAUUAUUUUGAUUGUUUCCGAUGGUGUCCAUGAUAAUUUAGAUCCACGUCAUCUCGGUAAAAUGCCACAGGAUAUGUCUAAGGAAUUUAAUCUCAUAGGUGAAAAAUGGACCGAUUGUGAUUUCAGUAAAUCUCAAAUAGCUAAAAACGCUUUUACCUCUUCACUUUUAGAAACCCUCACAGCCGAUACAACAGAUCCUUCCGAAAUUUCUAAUCGUAUUCUCAAACAUUGUUGGGAUACCACCGUUGCUUCAAGACAUUGGAUGGAGACCAAUUCAGGUAAGAGAUUACCAGAAGAUUAUUCACUUUACCCUGGUAAAAUGGAUCACACAAGUAUAAUUUGUUUUAAAGCUGGCCAAUUUAAAAGUCAAAAAGAUGAUAAUAAUGAUAAUGAUAAUUAUCCAAUAACCUCAACUUCAUCACAACCAAUUAAAAUCCAAUCACCAACCAAUGAUAAUAAUAAUAAUAUAAAUAAUGGUAUUGGUAGCUCACCAAUUUCUUGUCAAACCAGAACCCCAACCAUGCCUCAAGCCGAUACUAUAACUGUUUGCGGUGAACCACGCACUUUAAAAGCUUCAAACCAUGAAGGAGGUUGGAUUAAAAUUUCACCAUCAAGAAAUGUUACCAGCCCACUCAAAAAAAUUAACUCUGAUCCAAAUUUAAACAACAGUAGUAGUUCAGUCUUAAUAUUUAAUAAUCAAAAUAAUGGAUCAAACUCUAUUGAUUUGAUUAUGCGUAAUUUUGAAUUUGUUACACCUCCACCAACAUACGCACCACAAAUGGGUUAUAAUAAUCAUUACCAAGGCUAUCCAAAUAAUUAUAAUAUGAUUGGUGUUCCACAACCACCAAUGAUAAUGACACCACAACCACCAAUGAUGAUGGUACCACCACCCAUGAUGAUGGGUGUACCACAACCAACAGCUGCCUCAUUUAUUCCACAAACCGCACCUAUUAUACCAACACCACCAAUGAUGAUGGGUGUACCACCUCCACCAAUGAUGAUGGGUGCACCACAACCAACAGCUGCCUCAUAUAUACCAUCUCAUUCACCAGUGACUAGUCCAGGUUAUGGCGUUACACCAGAGUUAGUUGUACCAUUUUCAACAAAUACAAUGGUCUAUAAUGGCAAUCCAUAUUAUAGAUAGUAUUAACCCACCAAAAAUGUUUAUUAUUUAUUAAAAUAACAAUAUAUAAUUAGUACCAACAACAACAAUAUUAAAUAGUAUUAAUAACAAAACAAACAACACUAUAAAUAAAAUAAAAAAUUUUAUUUAUAUUUUUUUCUGUAAUAUAUAAAUUUAAAUAAAAAUAAAAGAAUACUUUUUAAAGUUUUUUUAAAAU